AUGGAUAUCGCAGCUCAAAUUUUCGUGUCUAUCCGCCAUCUUGUCAUUUACAAGCAUAUUAAAGACUCCCUUGGAUUAAAGAAGUGUAGGCUUGUUGUUGGAAACCCUAAUAAGAAAAACAUUACAUACCAAAAAUUUUUUCGACAUGGUGAUGAUGUUGAAUCAAUAAAGUCAAUACUGAUGCCAAUUGCAACAGACCUCUUAGAGAAAAAGAUUGAUUACCCACUCACCAUGAUAUAUGUACCAUUAAAGCUAUGUGGGUUUGCAUACAAAAUAUUUGAACAUGUCUUUGGUGAUAAACGAUAUUUCCCACCUGGUUCUGCUCAUAUUCCCAUUAACAGAAUGUUUGCUCAAUUUCAUGCUGCACAAACAAGCCAGAUGAAAGAUGAAAUUUUGAAGCAGCUUUGCUUAAGACAGUGCAAAGUUCGGGUUGUUUUUGCAACAGUGGCUAUUGGCAUGGGUGUAGAUAUUCCUGACAUUCGUCAUAUGAUACAUGUGAGUCCACCAUGCUCAGUUAAAGCAUAUUUUCAGGAGACAGGACGAGCUGGCAGGGAUGGCAAACCUUCCUUAGCCACACUCUACUACAACAAUAGAGACAUUGGAAAGAAUCGAGUUGGUAUGCAGGAUGAUAUGCGCAACUUAUGUAAUAGCAAUGACACUUGCUUGAGGAGAUUGCUUUUGCAGUGUUUUGACUAUACACAGGAGAUUGUUGUUGAUCCAUUACAUAGUUGUUGUAGUGUGUGUCAGGCACACUGCAAAUGCUCAAUGUGUUUUGAUCUUCAAACUUCCUAG